GUUACAUGAUGAAUGGGAAUGAGCGCCCAACUACUGGGCUAGGCCUUGGUGAUUAUGACUCUUCUGAUUCCGAGACCGAGGUUGUCGAGCAGCCUGGCCAGGGAGGGAAGAGAGGCCGAUCGCCUCGAGGGGAUGAAGGAGAGGCGGAGAAGUUGAAGAGGAUAACCUCGUCUGGGACUAGCGUGGCAGCUGCCAAGAAGAUGCAAGGAGGUUCUGGCGACGACACUAUGAUGAAGCUUCCGAGUGUUGAUGAUCUGUUGGGAGGCCGCCGGCGGCUCGUUGCUGACGCUCCACGGGCGCAGUCGUCAGUUCCGCUUCCUCAGCAAGCAAAGGCAGUGUUGAUGAUGCCUCCCCAUGUACGUAUGAAGGUGUCUAAUGUGGUGACGGAGGAUCAAUACGCUCUAGGGAGGCGAUCGUCGUAACUUUUAG